AUGGCAACUGAUUCUCGAACGUAUGUUGAUACGGAUGAUAUUCUUCAAUGUAUUAUAAAUGAUGCUAAAGCUGGUUAUAUGGAAUCUCGAUGUCGAGAUUAUUUAGAUGUACGAACAUAUAGACAUGCGAUUUGUUUUGAUACAGGAGAAUAUUUUGAUGCAUUAGAAUUAUAUGCUCCUGUUGGGUCAUUAACUAUUCAAAAAAUAAUUGAUGAUCAUCAAGAUUUAGAUACAAUUCAUUUACGACGACCAGCACCUGUUAUUCUACCAAUAAUAAUAUCAAAAAUUUGUAAUGAUGCUAAUUCAUAUGUAAUUCCAUCAGAAAUACUUAAUAUUCAUGCUAUUCUUCCUCGUUCACCACGUUAUCAACUCGAAGCUAUUAUAUGUGAACUAAAUCAACAUUUUAUUGUUUUCAUAAAAAAUUUAGAAACAAAUAAAUGGUAUUAUUAUCAACAUGAUUAUACAUGUGAACAAUUAAAUAAUGAUUUAAAUGAUAAUUUGAAUGAUAUAAUUGAGUCAAGAUCAGUGAAUGAACAAAUACGUUUAAUAGAAUCAGCACAUUUUCUUUUAUCAUUAAUUUUUCAUAAUGCAGUAAAAUAUAUUUAUAGACAAGAAGAAAAAUGA